UUGACUGGUAUGCUUUAUCUGCUGAAAAUAGAAGAUAUAAUUUCACUCUUGGAUUUCAGAAGGCAGAAGAGCUGGCUGGUAUCUACCCCCUGCUAGAAGUGGAUGAUAUGGUCAGGUUUGUGAAACCGGACUGGAAGUGUGUGUUCACCUACGUUCAGAGCUUCUAUAGGAGGUUUCGAGAUGGAAGAUCUCCUUCUCCCCGACCCUCUACACCUUCCACAACUAAACUCUCAGAGGUGGCUCAGGCAGUUGCAGCAGAGGGAGAUUGUCAGAAAAAGGGUGAAAAAGAUGAGCGGAAUGUGACAAAGAAAUUAGCACAAGCCGGGCCAAAGUUUGCAGAAAAAGACCAGGCCAAACCUAGACCUCCGCCUUUGAUGAUUAAAAAGUCGACAAGUCCGAGUUCGAUAACUUCAAGCAUACAGUCCCCAGGGACAUCGACAUCGUCAAGAAUUCAGUCGCCGGGGACGCCCAGCUGGGUUAGAACGACCAGCCCUGUCUCUUCUGGUUCCCCAAAAUGGAUAAAAUCAUCUACCGAGGAAUUUUUUCGAUUUUUGAAAAUAUAA